GCCUUCGAUCCGUUUCAGAAAAUGAGAUUGCUGGCUACUAUUUAACUCUGCUCAUGAGGUAGGAUUGCGAAUCACUAUUGCCGAAUCGACACAUUGAUCUUGUCCGUUCUCCCAAUCCAUCACAAUCAACACAAUGGGUGGAGGAGGCGGCCAUGGCGGCGCCGGUCUGAAGGACGUAAACGAUCCUCAUAGACUUGUGAAGGGCGAGUGGGGAGAUCCUGGGUCCUUGCGCCAAAAGGGCAUCGUUACAUAUGCAAUUUCUGGCAAUCGCGUCAAUCCACUGGCCGGAACUUUCAAAGCUGCGAUCUUCAACACGUUUCGAAGGACUCGAGGGCAGAUAUUUUAUUGGGGUAUUCCUAUGUUCGUGGCGUAUAGUGCUAUGCAGUGGGCAACUGAAAGGAAUGAGUAUUUGAAUUCGAAAGCCGGCAUUGCCGAGUAUGGUGGACAAGAAUAG